CUCUACAUUUAUCUAUCUAUUCAUACGAAGCACGGCCGACGACCGUGUAUGCUUAGUGCUACGGCGGCACGGCGAGUAGCCAAGACCAAAGGUGGUUUGGGCGUGACAUCAGAAGGAGACAUGAGCGGAUAUCCACAGCAACCAGGGGGUUACCCACAGCAACCAGGUUACCCACAGCAACCUGGCUAUCCACCACAACAACCAAGUGGUUACCCACAGCAACCAGGUGGCUAUUCUCAACAACCAGGUGGUUUUCAACAAUAUCCAGGCAGUUAUCCACAGCAGCAAAGUAGCUAUCCUCCUGCCCCAGCUGUGUACGUCCCACCACCAGACGCUGCUUAUCCUCCACCACAAAAUACAGCAUACCCUCCACACGCAGGUACUGGGUAUCCUCCACAUCCAACAGGUGUAAAAGGACACAAGGUUAAGAAAGUGAAGAAAAAGUCCAAAAAACACAGCAGUUCCAGCUCAAGCAGCAGCAGCAGCAGUAGCAGUAGUAGCAGUUCUUCUGACAGUGACUCAGGUUAUAAACAUCAUGGCAAAAAACAUAAAGUCAAAAAGCUUAAGAAACAUAAAUAUAAGUAUUGAGGCUUGAGCAGCUCAUUUGCUUAGCAGUAGGGGUGAGGUUUGAAGAAAAGUGGGGUAUUUCCCUGAGCUUCAGUUUGAACUGUGCCUGCUUACUGCAGUUAGUCAAAAAACAUUGUGUAUUAAUUUAGUUUUUUCUAAUUGGGUUUUGACAUUAGUAUAAUUGAAUUACUUUACUGUAGUUGCUCUAGUACUAGCCCCCUCCCACCUCCUGCUUGAACAUAAAAUUUUGGGGGUGGGUUAUACCCAGGGAAUCCCAAUUUCAAUCAAAAGUUGAUUUUUUAGCCCUGCAUGCCUAAUUUAAAAACAAUAUUCAAUUUUCUUUUUGAGUAUUUGUAAAUUUCAGCCUAGAUACACAUUCAAAUUAUAGCCUGCUGGGCUUUUGCCUGAGGAAAGGCUAGUAUGUAAAAUUAGGCAUAAAAUAUGGGCUGGGAUUAUACCCGAGGAACUAUGGUAUUGGCAUCAUUUUCAUCAUGUGGUAAUGAGUAUAAAUAGUUUGAUAUUCUUAAGUAUAUUUGUGACCGGUUUAUUUUUUACCUUCAUUUUAAUUGAUUUACUGUAUUGUUAAUAGUUUAGUCCCACUUUGAUUGAUUUACAUUAUUCUUCAAUACUUUUAAUUAUACCAAGGAUAAAUUAAUUUUUCAUUUAUAUAUUUUUGAAAUUUUACAGUUCUCAUGUUUGAUUGACCAAAAAACAUUAACUAUGUUUCGUUAUUGAGUUUGAUUGGUUUGCACCAUUCGUCAUUAGAUCAAUUUUAAUUUUAUUUAUACAAAUCUUCAUUAAUUUAUCUUCACUUUGUUUGGUUUACUGUAAUAUUCAUUAAGGUAAAGUCAAAUUGCAAUUGAUGUAGUAAACUAUCUUGAAUUUAUAUUUGCUUUUGGUAACAAAACAAUGGCAGAUCCAAGGAAUUUGAAAUAGAGGGGGAUCCAGGGAGGGACCUUCACAGAUGAAGGGUACUCCCACCUGAAUAUGACCAUUGUAUUAUGGCACCUCAAUGUGGCUGGGAAUGGCACUCUCAGACUUAAAUAUGAAUAUUAUUUUUUUUCUCUAUUUUUUUAUGAUUUUGGAAAAUUUGAGGUUCGGGGAUGGGGGGGGGGUACAGCCUGGCUUUUCCCUCUUGAAUUGGCCACUGCAAAGAUCAACAUUGUAAUUAUGCAUAUUAAUCAUUAGUGACAUAACUGAAAUGUAUAAUUUGUUUACAAUAAUGACUAGAUGUAACACAAAGUGUUUUUGAAGAUUUGUUAGAAGUAAAAAAAUACUUUGAUGAAAUUAAUUGAAAUUCUUUAAAGUGAAAUAUUCCAAUUAAUAGCAAUAUUUUAUUAUAUAUUUAUCAAUUUUAAGUAUUUAUUUCAUAUUGUUCAAUAUAAUAUAUAUUAUACAUUAAACACAUACGUGCUAGGAUGCGACAGCUUCAUUAGUAUACCUGGCGGUGUCAGGAGAGAGCUGGUAAGAUCAAAGCUUAAGUAUUGUGCUUUCUUUAUUUGCUUUGUUACAUUUUAUUCUGGUGAUCUUUCCUUUUUGGAGGUUUUUGAAUAAAUUUGAAUUAUACUCGAAAAUUUUAUAAAGGCAAUUUUUACAAAGUACAUUCUACAUUACAUUAAAAAUGUGAACUUUUUUUAAUUUUAGGCAAGGUUGAUUUGAAACAUUUUCUGAAAUAAAGAUAAUGAAUACAU